UGAAUCCUGUGUUUUAUGUUUAGCCAUAUCUCGCACAGUCAGCAAGGCCUGGUCACUAAAGUCCAGUCAUCAACCCUAACACCGGUCCUGCCACUCUGUCGCGUCAGCGCUUUCAUCCUACAUGGCGCUACCUUGCGCGGCACAACGCGUUGGAAAAGGAAGACGGAAAGAGCGCCCAAAUCAAGGAGAAGGCUUCCACUCCAAUCAAGCCAAGUCGCAGGGCAGGGGUCAAGGGAAAAAGAGAGAGCUUGGGCGAGGGCGGCCGACAGACAUGGGGAUCGUGGAGACGUGGGUGCGCGAGAAGCCCAUCCGCACCUUCCUCGCCCGCCUCUCCAGCCAGUCCGCCGCCGCCUCCACCUCCUCCGCGGCGGCCGACGGCGACAGCGGCGGAGCCGAUGGAGGCAUACCGCAGCUCUCCUCCAUCGCCAACUCCGUCGUCUCCCGCUGCUCAGGGGUUUAACUUUGCAUAAUGCCGUGGAGAUUGAAGAUGAAGAUGAGGGAUCAAUUUUCUAUGCAAAUUCCACAAGUUUGGCUGUUCAAGUCGAUGACAUGAAGACAGUUGGGUUAAGAGCUUUUACACGGAUAGCGCCUUGGUGCCCAAUAAUAGCUGACUUGGUUACUGUCCACAAUCUGUUUGAUGCACUAACAUGUUCAUCUGGUGGCCGAUUACACUAUUUCAUAUAUGACAAGUAUCUUAAAAGUUUAGAUCGGGUAUUCAAAUCUGUCAAAGGAAUCAUGCAGUCGCCACUUGCUUCAAGUUUUCAUCUUAAUGCUGGGGAGUGUAUAUUAGCUGUUGAGGGAGAUAGGCCUAUCCAUCCUGUAUUGCAGCAUAUUGGAAUAUCAGCUUGGCCAGGAACGCUGAUCCUAACAACACACGCUCUGUAUUUUCAGAGUAUCAGAGUUGGUUAUGGUGAUAAGAUUGUUAAAUAUGAUUUAUCAACAGAUUCAAAUCAAGUGAUUAAACGUGAUUUCACUGGACCAUUGGGUGUUCGGCUUUUUGAUAAGGCUAUGAUGUACAAAUCAAGCACUCUAACAGAACCAAUAUAUUUUGACUUUCCCGAGUUAGGAGAACCCUCACGAAGAAACUAUUGGUUAGCAAUCACUCGUGAAGUAAUGCAGGUGAAUAAAUUCAUCAGGAAAUUCAAUCUUGAAGAUAUUCAGAAAGCAGAAGCACUCUCAAAAGCUAUCCUGGGCAUCUUGAGAUACUCUGCUGUGAAAGAGGCUUUUCAUAUUGCUCCUUCUCACGUUAAGACAACGCUCACUUUUAGCUUAGCAGAAAAGCUCCCAAAAGGAGACAUGGUAUUAGAGGCCCUUUAUAAUAAUUACUUUCAACUCUUGGACACUCCGUUGAGCCAUUUGGCAACUGCAGCAGUUAACAGAACGUCGAAGACUCAUACUGUACCAUUUGCAUUAUAUGCUCUCUCUAGAAUGGGAUUUAUCCUGCUGAAUAGAAAAGAUGAAACUGAAAAGGAGAUAAGCUUUUGUGCUGCUUGCGUUGGCGUAACAAAAUCUCUUGAGGCUGCUUUGGAAGAAUCAUUUUGUUAUUCUGAAAGAAUAGAGGCAGCACGUGCUACGGUUGAUCAAGUAAAGGUGGAAGGUCUUGAUGCAAAUCUUGCCCUGAUGCAGGAGCUACUUUUCCCCUUCAUUCAAGUAGGCAAACUUAUUCACUCUUUAACCAAGUGGGAAGAUCCUGUGAAAUCAUUUCUGUUCUUAGCUUUUGUCCUCUAUGUUAUUAAAAGUGGGCUCAUCAAUUACACUGUGCCCUCUGUUUUCGUACUUUCUGCUACUGUAAUGCUGUGGCAGAAAUACAGUGGAGAAGGGAAGUUGUUGGAAGUGCUUGAAGUAAGAGCUCCUCCAAGUAAAAAUCCUGUUGAGCAAAUCUUGACAUUGCAGGAGGCUAUUUCAAAAUUGGAGGAAACUCUACAGGCUAUAAACAUUGUUCUCCUCAAGUUCAGAGCUAUCUUGUUCGCAGCUGUUCCAAAGACAACUCAAACGGUCGCAGUGGCAUCUCUUGCUGCAGCUGCACUUGUUAUCUUGACGCCUCCCAGGCAUCUGCUCCUGAUGGUAGUCCUAGAGGUCUACACGAGGGAGAUGCCGCUAAGGAAGCAGAACACGGAGAAGUUCCGCAGACGAAUUAGAGAGUGGUGGGCCCGUAUCCCAGCUGCUCCUGUGCAGAUGGUCAGACCUAAUGAAAACAAGAAAAAGAUAUGACUAUGAGCUCUGUAUCCAUUGCAACUAACAGCUCGCAAUUUUGCCUUGCCUCCUUGGUAACCUAGCCAGCUAACCUGUACAGAUAUCACCCAUUAUUACAGUGCAAUUGUACUGGGCCACCAUUGAUUACCCAUGUAAUGAUUGUAUAGUGGCAUUGCUCUGGAUAUACAGAAAGAUACAAAUAUAGCUUUAGAAUGUGUUGAAUUUUCCUUGCUCGACUGUUUAACAUUGCUGGGUUGUACAAAAGUCCUAUGAACAAAGCAUGGUGAUCGGCAAAUCCUGGUGUUUGUGUUUCUCCA